UUAUUUAUGGACUUGCAGUGUAGUGUCAUAGCCAUAUAAAGAGCAUCUUCUGUCUUUAUGUCAAGAUAACAGCUGCUGUGGUGCUGCUGGUGAAGAGUGAAGACUCAGGAUUUACAGGAAUAAUGAGUGCAUCCAAACCCCAGGAAAGCAGUGAGGUGCGAAUCGAACCCUCUCUGAAUAAGAAUGAAUCAGAGUUUAUAGACGGAAGGAGAAAAUCUGUUCUACAAAGCCUGAAGAAGCUUCAGAUAGAGUGCAGUCAGGAUGAGGUGCCAAACAUUGCCUUACUGGGUUCUGGAGGAGGAGAAAGAGCCAUGGUGGGAUUGCUGGGAUCCCUGGUUCAGCUCCAGAAAACAGGUCUUCUGGACUCCAUCCUUUAUCUGAGCGGAGUCUCUGGAUCCACCUGGUGUAUGGCCUCCGUAUAUCAGGAACCAGACUGGUCCACCAAACUAGAGACUGUGAAAGACAAGAUCGUCAAGAGACUCAGCGGUCCUAAAGUCAGCUGGAAAGAAGCAUUCAGCAAACUGAAGAAAUAUUACUAUGAGAAAGACCACUUCAGUCUGACUGAUAUCUGGGCAGUGAUGGUCAUAACGUCAUUUGUGAAAGAGAUCGACGAACACACACUCACAGAGCAGUGGAGCCAGCACAGUAAAGACGGUAAAGUCCCGUUUCCCAUCUACACCGUGAUCGACAAGAAGUGCAAACACCACAAUAUCGGAGACCCCUGGUUCGAGAUCACUCCUCAUGAAGCAGGUUAUUCUCUCACUGGAGCGUUUGUGGACGCCUCCAACUUUGGCAGCAAGUUUCACAAAGGAUCCAAGAAAUAUCAGCAGGGUGAAUUUGACAUGCUGUACCUGCAAGCUCUAUGCGGAAGCGCUUUAGCUGAUGAAGUGGAGAUUAAGAAACUCCUCUGGCAAAAUAUAAAAGAUUUAUUUCAACAAAAGGAAACAGUACUUGAGGAAAUGGGGAAGGAACAGAAUGGGAUGAGACUGCAAGCAUUGGCAGGAGGCUUUGGACCAGGGUCAGGAGAAGACUUUCCGGGGUUACUUGGGGCACCAGAAGAACAAGAUCCAAACUCUCCAGCUACAGAAGAGUGUUACCAGGUGCUUAUGCAACUCAUGGACAUGAAUCUUUCUACUUUGACUGGGGAAGAUACUUCUGCUCUUGAUGAAUCCAUCAGGACAUCACUGAACGACCUCUCUAAAGGCCAAAAUCCGCCAAUGUUGCUAAUGGGACCAGGGUGCGCUGCUGAUGAAGAAGCAGAUAAAACGAAUAUGAAGGGUUACAGCUUGAAUGUAUGCAACAAAUUGAGUGGUUGGAUCCAAUUAUGGCCAUUUGAUGCUUGGACGAGCAUUAUUAAAUGCAUGAAUCAGUGGACCUGGGGCAGGAAUCAUAACUUCCUCCACAACGUGACAGGUGAAGCAGUUCCCUCCAUUCUUCAGGAAACUGAGACGAGAGACUAUGAAGAUGCCGGACUGUUGCUGAACUCACCCUACUUCUCAGUGCUGAGAAAAGAGAGACACAUCGACCUCAUCAUUUCACUGGAUUUCAGUGAGGGUGAUCCUUUCUUGACAGUGAAGGAAGCUGCCAAGACGUGCAAGGAACUAAACAUCCCUUUCCCUGAGGUCAACAUUCCCAGUGGACACUCAGAGGUACCGAUGGACUUCUAUGUGUUCACAGGCCAAAACACUCCAACCGUGAUCCACAUCCCUCUCUUUAAUAUGGUCAACUGUGGAGACAAAAUUGAGGCCUGGAGGAAAAAAUAUACGACUUUUCAAGGUCCUUACAACGCUGAGAUGAUCACUGAUCUUGUGGAGGUCGCUGGAAAAAACAUCAUAAACAACAAAGACAGUCUGCUGGAGGAGAUCCGAGCGGCCGUUGGGCAAAAAGGAUCCAGACGUUAAUGUUUAAAAUCUGAAUAUAGACUAAACUGAUUUGCAUAUCAGCAGUGUUGGGGGUAACGCAUUAUAAGUAACUUGAGUUACGUAAUCAGAUUACUUUUUUCAAGUAAUGCAUUACUUUUAAAUGUGCAAUGUUACUUUUUCAAAUAAGUCACUUUGUUUUCACAUUUAUUGACUGAUGCCUCUCCUGUCACCAAGUUGAGAGGAAUCGUAAGUUUGUGUAACGUAACAUUACUUUCCUUAAAAAGUAACUAAGUAACGCAAUAGUUACUUUUAAUGGGGGUAUUGCAAUACUGUAAUGCAUUACUUUCAGGUCAUCUUCAAUUAUAUAACGCUUUUCACAAUACAUAUUGUUUUAAAGCAGCUUCAUAGUGAUAAUAGGAAAAUUAAUGGACAGAGAUUGUUUUGGCUUUACAUUAGUUCUAGGAAAAAUUUAUUUUUCUGUCAGCAUUAUGUUUUUUUUUUCUGCAAAAUGACAUUAGUUUCCAUUUUAAUUCUGUUUAAAAUGUUUCUGCAUGUUUUAAUGUUUCAUCAUGCAUGCUGAUUAUAAUA